AUGGCUGAUACUGCAGUUCAAAAUGCUCCAGAUCCUUCAAACCCAUCCACAUCGAAUGGCCUAGCACGGCGAUCGAAUCAGGUCCACUCGUCCACAGAGAGCGCUGCAAACCUUUUUGCACAGAAGUACAUAGCCAAUGGGAAUGCAAAUGACACCGCAACACCACCACCGCCAGGAGCAACCACUGCAGCACCGGCCGGACCGAAUCCGCCUGGAGGACCUGUAUCCUCUGAUGGAACGUCUUCAGUUGGACCUCCACCUCCCGAACCGAAAUUGAGCAUUUUCAAAAGAGCAAGAAAAUAUGUGGCCGAGUACACACAGGAUCCGUCGAGCGAUAAUUUUUAUUAUUGGACUUGCGUAGUGACUGUCGCUUACAUCUACAACUUGCUCUUCGUAAUCGCUCGACAAGUUUUCAACGACCUCCUAGGACCGUCUUCUCAAGCUCUGUGCAUAUUUACAAAUGGAACUCUAAACAGCACAACACAAAUGGAAUGUACUGAUGACUUGCUGAAAAAUAUGAAACAAAUGCCAACCUAUUCCCAAUAUCCGGAUCUUGGAUGGUCCAAAUAUUGGCACUUUCGAUUGAUUUGGGUAUUUUUCGAUUUGCUAAUGGACUCUGUCUACUGGAUAGACACAUUUUUGAACUAUCGAAUGGGUUAUAUGGAUCAAGGAUUGGUAGUUAGAGAGGCUGAUAAAGUGACAAAAGUAUAUUGGCAAAGUAGUCAAUGGAAAUGGGAUGCUGCUAGUUUGAUACCCCUGGAUUAUCUGUUCGGAUGGCCGAUUCCAGUUCCGAUCGUCUGGAGAGGAAUGCCAGUAUUUCGACUGAAUCGUCUCGUUCGAUAUAAAAGAGUUCGGGAUUGUCUGGAAAGAACCGAGACGAGAAGCUCAAUGCCAAAUGCAUUUCGAGUGUUGGUUGUCGUUUGGUACAUUGUUAUUAUUAUUCAUUGGAAUGCUUGUCUCUAUUUUUGGAUCUCGGAAUACAUUGGAUUGGGAACGGAUGCAUGGGUUUAUGGACAUUUGAACAAACAGAGUUUGCCAGACGAUAUUCCCGACACUCUUCUCCGUCGUUACGUGUACAGCUUCUACUGGUCGACUCUAAUUCUGACAACAAUUGGAGAGGUACCCAGUCCAGUACGCAACAUUGAAUACGUGUUUGUCACUUUGGAUCUCAUGUGCGGUGUAUUGAUAUUCGCUACAAUUGUCGGUAACGUCGGAAGUAUGAUUUCAAAUAUGAGUGCAGCGCGAACAGAGUUUCAAAACAAAAUGGACGGAAUAAAACAGUAUAUGGAGUUGCGAAAAGUCAGCAAACAGCUUGAAAUUCGUGUGAUCAAAUGGUUCGACUAUCUGUGGACCAAUAAACAAUCGCUGAGUGAUCAACAGGUUUUGAAAGUGCUUCCAGAUAAGCUUCAGGCUGAAAUUGCUAUGCAAGUGCAUUUUGAAACUUUGAGAAAAGUUAGAAUUUUCCAGGAUUGCGAAGCAGGACUCCUUGCUGAAUUAGUGCUUCAACUGCAGCUUCAAGUGUUUUCUCCAGGAGACUUUAUUUGUAAAAAAGGAGAUAUUGGUCGGGAGAUGUACAUUGUGAAGCGUGGACGUCUCCAAGUCGUUGAUGAUGACGGAAAGAAAGUUUUCACCGUACUCCAAGAGGGCGCCGUAUUUGGAGAGCUCAGUAUUCUGAAUAUUGCUGGAAGUAAGAACGGAAAUCGGCGAACAGCCAACGUUCGUUCCGUCGGAUACACGGAUUUAUUCGUUUUGAGCAAACAGGAUUUGUGGAAUGCAUUGAGAGAAUAUCCGGAUGCCAGGAAGCUACUUUUAGUCAAGGGACGAGAAAUUCUGAAGAAGGAUAAUCUUUUGGAUGAUAACGCGCCGGAAGAACAAAAGACGGUUGAGGAGAUUGCAGAGACGUUGAACAAUGCGGUGAAAGUGUUACAGACAAGGAUGGCAAGAUUGAUCGUGGAGCACGCAAGUACUGAAGGAAAGCUGAUGAAAAGAAUUGAGAUGCUUGAGAAACAUUUGAGUCGCUACAAAGCUAUUGCUCGGGGCAAACGAAACAUGCACGGCGUCUCACUGGAUGGUGAGGACGUUGAAACCACUGGCGAGCGACGUCACCGUGCUCCACGUCUCCGACAAACCAAAACGAUAGAUGUACCCACGGCCGAAGAGGACCAGGAACUACUUUCAUAA